AUUCCGGCCCUCGGAGAUAAGUCGUAGAGGCAGAGUCUCUGAUGGAUCCACCCCCGCCGGCACCACCUUCAACGGCACCCGUCCAAGCAGCUCCAAUCACAACAAACGCCACAAGUGCUCAGUUGAACUGCCCCGAGUCGGUGGAGAGCUCUCCUCGGUCCCGCAUUGUUGAAAACUGGGUUGAUGAGCCGCUCCCUGCUGUUCCUGGAGCUAAGCUUCGCUUGAUGUGCAGUUAUGGCGGCCACAUCAUGCCGCGUCCACAUGAUAAAACGCUUUGUUACAUCGGCGGCGACACUCGGAUCGUCGUCGUCGAUCGACAUUCCUCCCUCAAGGAGCUCUGUGGCCGGCUCUCUCGUACUCUGCUGAAUGGCCGACCCUUCACGCUCAAGUACCAACUCCCCCAUGAAGAUCUCGACAAUCUCAUAUCAGUCUCCACAGACGAAGACUUAGAGAACAUGAUCGAAGAACACGAGCGUUUAACGGCUGCUUCUCCUCCUAGGCCCACAAGGUUAAGGCUUUUUCUCUUUUUCUCUAAGCCAGAGUCUACAGUGUCAAUGGGCUCACUUCUUGAUGAUGCCAAGUCGGAGACAUGGUUCGUGGAUGCUCUCAACAAUUCUGGGAUUCUCACUCGGGGGGUGUCGGAUUCUGCCGCUGUUGAAGGCGUGGUGAACCUUGACAAGGUUCCAGCCAGUAAUUCCAGCAGUAAUUUGGAAGCUCAAGCUACAGAGCUUCAGGCUGAUAGCAACAAACAGGUCAAGAAUUUGCCUGAGAUUCAUUCCUUGCCAGACUCCCCUCUGGUGGAUAACAGUUCUUCAUAUGGGUCUUCUUCUUCAUCCCCUUCAAUGGCUAACCUGCCUCCAAUUCGGGUUCGUAUUGAUGAAAUUGGUAACAGCAGGCUGCAACAAGAACAGAGGCCAGGGAUUGAGGAACAGUUGGCGCAAAUGACCUUUGUUGCUAGUGGGAUUAAGCAAGAUGAAGGGUAUGCUAUGACUAUGCUGUCUGCUCCUAUGCCUACAAUCCCUGCGCCUAUGACCAUGUCUUCACCAGCUUUGGUGACCAGUGAUAAUAUGAAUCGGGUCAUCUCUGAUGAUGAAAGAUCAGAUCAAGGAGCACCUGCUGCGCUUCGAAAGCCUCCAUUGCCUUUGCAGCUUGCACAACCAAGGACUAGUGGUGGUUUAAACUUGCCUUCUCCAGAUUCAGUGGCAAGUGAUAGCAGCAUUGCAUCUGCAGCCUCUUUCUCAAGGUCUGUUUACUAUCAGGAUCAAGUCCAAGCUGCAUAUGCAGAUCAGAAAGCACCAGCACUAUCACAUUCUAAGAAUGACAUGUCAGAUCCCAAUGCUGGAUACCAAAGAGAACGAGCUCAGGAUUCUAAUUACACAGUACCCCCACCGUUGGAUCAAAGUCAGCAAAUCCAGCAGCAGCAACAUCAACAGCAGCAGCAACAACAAUUUGUUCAUGCCAGUACCCACUAUAUCCCCCACCCAGCAGCCACAGGUCAAGUUCCAAUGUCUUCCUACUACCCAGUUUAUGCCACACCUUCACAGCAGCAGAUUCCUCAUCCAAUUAAUCAGCAGUACCCAGUUUAUGUAAUGCCUGUAGGACAUGCUCAACCUUACAAUAUGACUAUGCAAGCUGACCCAAAUGUGAUGACCUCAAGCAGGCCAUUGAUAUCCCAAAGUGUUGCUGGUACUCCACCUGUUUACCCCACAAAGCCAGCCACUCCUUCCAUGCCUGAGGUGGCUGCUCAGACUGUUUAUAAAGCACCUGUGCCCCCCACUCCAGCAUUUGUUCAAAUGCCUUCCGGGCAAUAUCAGCAGCAACAGUAUGUGGGAGUAUCUCAAAUCCAUCACCAACCACAGUCCAUAACAGUUGCUUCCUCUGCUGCUUCUGCUCCGGUUCCUGCUACCACAAGUAAUUAUGGUUAUGAUUAUGGUGGACCUGCGCAAGAACAAGCAUAUUACAUACAGCAGCAGCAAACUGCUCCUUUGCCUUCUCAAUACCAGUCCAUGACCCCCGCGGCAGCGGCGGCGUUUUCAGAUGCAUCAAGGCAAUUUCCUGCAGAGAGCACUCAGCAGCCAAACAGAGCCACACAGCCAUUGUGAUGUGAGGAGGGAGAUAUUUGGGGUUGGAACAUGGCUUUCAUUCUUUGAUGAUGGAGAUACUUUAGUUGCUCACAGAAUCUUAAUAAGGACUAGGUUGUGUUUAGUUUCAUUUUUUCCUUUGACCAUUAUUAUCUUUACAUGAAAAAUGAAUGCAGUGUGAGAUCAGACAAAGCAAAUCUAGUUUUUCUCAUGUUUUUUAUUUAUGGAUCAUAGAAAUUCAUUUCAAUAAGGCAAGCUACUGCCGCUAGAUCUGUUUUCCGGUGA